AUGCUGCUAGCGGGAUUCCUGCUACAGACUGCCUUUGGCUGGUCUCAAUUUGUUUUGUUCUCUAGGCGACCCUCGGCUUUCUUGUCCUAUGAAGCUUCCUCAUCUCCUCCCGAGUUCUAUUACACGACCUCGGUCGUCAACAGCGACAAUUGGAUUGGCUUCUUCCCCCAAGGCACCGGGCCUGGCCGAGAAGGAGACCGAACCUACACAGGUUGGGCAGUUGCUCCUGAUGCAAGCGGAUCGGUGACGGCAGACAACGACUUUGAUCCAUGCACACCGGCGGGAGAGUACGAAGCAUACUUUUUCAAAAAGGGCGAUCGGGCCAAUCCGCUUGGUGGGCCAGCUCGUUUCACCUAUCCAGGCAACCCAAACUACAAAAGAUGCAGUGACGGAAGAUGCAUCCGCAGUGAAGCUAGCUGUGCUUGCCGCAACGGCCAGAAGCUGUGCAAGCAUCAUUGCAUCAACGACGAUGAACCCUGUGAUGGGCGCUGCCAAGACGGCUACGAAAAGUGCAACGGCAAGUGCCUUGGCACCGAUUUCCCUUGCAACGGCCAAUGCGUUUGGGGCAAGAGACGGUGCAACGAUAGAUGCAUCAACGCAGACUUGCCUUGCAACGGCCAAUGUGAGAAUGGCCUGAAGGCAUGCAACGGGAAAUGCAUCAGCAAUGAUGCUCCAUGCGAGGGCCAGUGUGGGCAGGGCAAGAGGGCGUGCGACAAGAAAUGCAUCAACGACGACGUCCCGUGCAACGGACAGUGCGAGAGCGGCAACAAGGUGUGCAAGGGCAAGUGCAUAAAAUCCGGUGCACUCUGCUGUCCAGAGGGCCAGAAGGAUUGCCACGGCAGUUGUAUCCCGACUUCCAACGAGUGUAAAGCCACCACCUGUGGCUUGCUCAGGGGUAACACCAACUGCGUCAGUACGCACAUGAUUCGGUGGCAAGCCGGUUACUUUACUCCCGAAAAGUGUGCCAACCUCUGCCGGUCCGAGCCGGACUGCAAGUCGUCCGUCGCGGCGACGCAAUACGACGGCGGAUGCUACCUUUUGCGCGGGGAUGUCGCGACUUGCGCGGGAGCGCCCGGCUACAGCACCUGGACGUAUUCUGACCGCGACUGCUACCCGCCGGGAUCGCACGCGAAAAUGUGCGACUUGAGGCGCGGCGCGAGCCCGUGCACUGGUCAGGCGGAACAGAUUCGCUACGUCGCACGCGCCAGCACUCCCGCGCAGUGUGCGGCGGAAUGCAAGUCGUCGUCCGAGUGCAAGUCGUAUGUCGUUGCCCUGAAUGACAAUGCCGGAUGCUAUCUUUACAGGGAGAAUCUUGGCAUUUGUCGUGGUAGGCCCGACUCUGCUGGCUGGAAAUACUUUGACCGCGACUGCUGA